AACCCCUAUAAAUUCGUCACCAACGGUAACGCUAGAGAGUGGCAAACUUGCUGCCCCUGGAAAACCGUCAGCCACCUCGUAAAUAGGUUUCUUACGGAAGCGAUGAGGUCAUCCUGGAGUUAUUUAUUCCUUAAUUUUACAAUUCAAACCAUAUACAAACUUUUGACCCGGCUCUAUCCCGCUGACAAAAUAUACGGAUGCAUCCAUCGGCAAGCUCACUUCGGGUGAGCCGACUCAAACCCAAUCCUUACAAAUCCGUCACCAACGGUAACGUUUCCUGUAUUCACGGUUUCUUGUUGUGAGAGAGCCUGGCUUUAGUUUUCUUCGGUGUGGAGAACAAUGGAAGAGCAGGACAAAACCCAGAUGAAACCCAGAGUGAAGUUAGGAACCCAGGGAUUAGAGGUAUCCAAAUUAGGAUAUGGAUGCAUGGGUCUUACCUGGAUGUACAAUUCUCCAGUCUCCGACGAAGUGGGGAUAUCCAUCAUCAAGGAGGCCUUCAACAAGGGAAUCACUUUCUUUGACACUUCUGACAUAUAUGGACCCCAUACUAAUGAGAUCUUGGUUGGGAAGGCAUUGAAGGAGUUGCCCCGAGAAAAGAUCCAAUUGGCCACAAAAUUUGGGAUUGUGAGGUUAGAGCAAACUCGUCAGGUAGUAAUAAAUGGCAGGCCGGAAUAUGUGCGGGCUUGCUGCGAAGAAAGUCUCAAGCGCCUCGGUGUGGAGUACAUUGAUCUCUACUAUCAGCACCGGGUAGACAAGACUGUGCCUAUAGAGGAAACUAUAGGGGAGCUUAAGAAGUUGGUGGAAGAGGGAAAAGUGAAGUACAUUGGGCUGUCAGAGGCCAGCCCCGACACAAUUCGACGUGCCCAUGCCGUGCAUCCCAUCACUGCGGUGCAGAUGGAAUGGUCUCUCUGGACUCGUGAAAUCGAGGGAGAGAUAGUCCCACUUUGCAGAGAACUUGGCAUUGGAAUAGUUCCAUAUAGCCCUCUUGGUCGUGGUUUUUUCGGUGGCAGAGGAGUUACAGAAAGUGUACCUGCAAAUUCUAUGUUGGCUUCUCAUCCAAGGUUUUCUGGAGAGAACUUAGAAAAGAACAAGACGCUCUAUGUGAAACUAGAGAACUUGGCCAAGAAGCAUCACUGUACUCCUUCUCAACUAGCUCUAGCUUGGAUUCUUCAUCAAGGGGAUGAUGUUGUCCCCAUCCCUGGGACAACAAAGAUCAAGAAUCUACAUGAUAAUAUCGGUUCUUUGAAGGUAAAGCUCACAAAAGAGGACCUAACAGAAAUAUCCAAUGCAGUACGUGAAGAAGAGGUGGCUGGCACAAGAACCUACGAUAAUUUUGAAAAAAUUUGUUGGAGGAAUGCGAAUACUCCUCCAAAAGAUACCAAUUCUAUGGCAUAAGAUCUUCUAGUCAUGUGUUGUUCUCCUUCAGAAGCAUCGGAUCAAUUCCUCCUUUCCCUUUCAAAUGUUGAAUAACUGAGACAAUAAAGUUUUAUGCGGUUAUGUACCAAACAAAAAGCAAAAAAGGUGUUUCUUUUUUCGAGCAAAAUUAAAAAAUGUGUUUGUUGAUCCAUAAUCUCCAGAAAGUGAAUUAUGCAAAAUCUUAUUUAGCCAAUUCUUUCUUUUUCCUUGAUGAAAAAUAGCCAAAUUCCCCAGAGUCUUUAAAAGAGAGAAACAAGCAGUUCUUGGUGAAACGACAGUGCUUGUAUUUGGGUGGAUGAGAACAGAAUUGCAAACGGAACACCAACAAAGAUGCCUGAAGAGAUCCAGCCAUUAAAUUCCCAUAAGAUUAAAAAUUGGGAAAACUUUCUGAAUGGUUUUAAGAAAGUAAUAGCUAACGCUGUUCCUUCCAGAAAAAGCUUUCGCUUUACAGAUUCAGACCAAUAGUUAG